AUGUUCUUCAUCAAAGAGCUGUCACACACCAUCCUCCUCCAUCCGUCCUACUUUGGCCCGCGUAUGCUGCAGUUCCUCGAGUCCAAGCUCUACUCAGAUGUCGAAGGCACAUGCUCUGGACAGUUCGGCUACAUCAUCGCGGUCGUAUCCAUCCUGGACAUAGGCAAGGGGAUGGUCCUCCCCGGCAGUGGUCAAGCCGAGUUCAUUACGCGCUACCGGGCUAUCGUAUUCAAGCCUUUCAAGGGAGAGGUGGUCGACGGAGUGGUAAAUAAUAUGGGCUUCUUUGCUGAGGUCGGACCUUUGACGGUCUUCGUCUCGCAUCAGAUCAUCGAGAAAAACACGAAGGUCAGACUAAAAAUUGUCGGAACGCGUGUCGACGCCACGGAAAUCUUCGCGAUUGGUACUAUCAAGGAGGACCACCUCGGCGUUAUCGAUUAA